GGAACUCACGAGGGGCGGAACCCGGAUGCCAGUCGCUCGCCCCCAGUGGGAAGCAUUUCGGCGCUGCACACAAGCUGGUGAUGACGCGGCGCCCGGUGUAAAGAUGGCGGCUGAUAUUACCUUGCUCUUCAGAGCCAGCGUGAAAACCGUGAAGACUCGGAACAAGGCGCUCGGGGUGUCCCUGCCGGAGACUGACAUACUGAGGAGGAGCCGCCCUGCCCGGGGGGAGUUCAGCGGGAAAGCUCGGGACGUGAUCAGCAACAUCGGAAAACUGAAGGAUUUUCUCCUGGAGCACAGAAAGGAUUACAUUAAUGCUUGCAGUCAGUUGUCAAAAUACUCUCGUAUGACGGAUACAGAGCGGGAUCAAAUCGACCAGGAUGCACAGACCUUCAUGAGGACAUGCGCAGAGGCUAUUCAGCAGCUGCGAACAGAAGCAUGUAAGGAGACCAUUUCUUCUCAAGUAAAAGAACACAGGCUUGCCGUUUUGGAUUUCAUUGCAGAAUAUUUAAAAAGAGUGUGUAAGAUUUACUCCGAGCAGCGUGCCAUUAGGGUUAAACGUGUCGUUGACAAGAAAAGAUUAUCCAGAUUGGAACCAGAACAAGUUCACAAGGCAAAAGCAUGGCACUCUGCAGAGACCGUCACCCUGGGGAGUCAGGAGGGAAAGGAGGAAGGGAAGUCCACUGGGGAAGAAAACAAGGACAGGACAGUGUCUGAUACACAGAACCCACCUAGUGUUUGGGAUGAAGGACGAGGGGAAGAGUUGUCUCCAGAAGAGAUCCAAAUGUUUGAACAGGAAAACCAAAGACUUGUCAGCGAGAUGAACAGUCUGUUCGAUGAAGUAAGACAAAUAGAAGGGAAGGUGGUUGAAAUAUCAAGACUGCAAGAGAUAUUCACAGAGAAAGUACUCCAGCAGGAAACGGAGAUUGACAAUAUCCAUCAGCUAGUCGUGAGCGCCACAGAAAAUAUCCGAGAAGGAAAUGAAGAUAUACGAGAGGCCAUCAAGAAUAACGCAGGCUUCCGAGUGUGGAUACUUUUCUUCCUAGUAAUGUGCUCAUUCUCUUUACUGUUCCUGGACUGGUAUGACAGUUAAUAAUUUAAUGACGCCUUAUAAUCCUAAUUUAAUAAUUUUCACUACCUUGGACUCCUGUGUAAUUGCCACUCCUGUACUUAUUACGUUGAAACAUUUGCUUGGACAUUUAACGUCAUUUCCAAUGUUAAUUUAACGUCAUUUCCAAUAAUGAGGGUCACUAUAGGCAUCUGAAACGUGAUUAACUGAAAGAUAUUCAUCUGUUUCUAUCAUCUGGGGAAAGGUCAGACAUGUCAACGGUGUCUAGUUUAGACAGCGACGUUUAAUUGUAGUGAGGACUAAAGUAAAAUGUUUUUAUAAAUAGUAUUAAAAUAUGGUGAUCCAUGA